GGCGGGGCAGGGUGGGGCUAGCCCGGGGAAGGGCGCUGAGGAUGCAGGGCAGAGGCCAGGGACGUGCCUGGAGUACUGGGGCUCAGCUCUGCCCGGACCACGUGUGGCACCGCUGGGCUCGGUCGCCUGCCCGCGCUGGGCACAUGCCAGCCCUGCCCGCUCCUGUGCCCAGAGCGGCACGCGGGGCCGAGCAACCCCAAGCGGGGCGUCACCAGGGUCAGGCCACAGUGUCGAGCCAGCCUCUGUGCUGGCCCAGAGCUACCCCCAGCCCCUGCGAUUGGGUCUGCCCGGCUCUGGGACCUCCGGGACCCUAGCAGGGCCCAGAUUGCCCCAGCCCCCCUUAUGCUCUGCUGGCUUCAGGAGCUCCAUGCCCGGGGACUCAGCCCGGCUCCAACCUUGCCCUCUCUGCAUGGGGUGAGGAAGGGGCUGGCUGCCCACAGGGAGGUGGGCGCUGGGCUGCCCUGCCAUGGGGUGGGGGGGCUGGGGACGUUGGCGGAGGGCAAAGUGUGACCCGGUCGCAGUUACUGGCGGCUGGAGGAAUCUCCGGCCAUAACUUCAAAACGUGACCAGGGACUUGGGGACUGACAUGAGAAGCCACAGGGGCCUGAUUGCCCCCCACCCCCCGCCUGCCUCAGGGACCUGAUCUCCUGUGUGACCCGGGCACAGGCCCCCUCCCCUCCCCCGCUGGCCUCAGGGGCCUGAUCCCAUGUGGCCUGGGCACUGCCCGCUGCUGGUCUCAGCCAGUGCUCUUCUGAAAAUCUGGUUUUUGGCCCCAGGGUGGGUGGGCGGUGCUGGUUCAGGGCAGGGUCCCUGGGCAGGGUUGUGCACACACACAUCUCCGGGCACCCACAUGCACUUUUACCCGCGCAGGGCAGCAGGCACGUGUGUUUUGUGUCCAGGGUUGGGUGGUCCCUGCAGGCAGGGGAGGAGCAGCAGGAUUCCUCCUCUCACAGGCGGCUGACACAGGAAGCCAUUUUUGUUGGUUUACAUCUGAUGUCAAGAAAGUGCUGAUUGCCGAACAACUGGUUGCUGGGUGACAGGAUAGUGAUGUCAGAGCUGGGGGAGCCAAUCCGCUCAAGGGGAUAGUGACAUCAAAGCUGGGGGAGCCAAUCCGCCCGAGGGGAUAGUGACGUCAGAGCUGGGGGAGCCAUUCCGCCCAAGGGAAUAGUGACAUCAGAGCUGGGGGAGCCAAUCCGCCCAAGGGGAAAGUGACAUCAGAGCUGGGGGAGCCAAUCCGCCCAAGCUGGCCUCAGUUCAGCCCUGACUAGCAGUGGCAGAGGUGCUGUUGGGCCCUGUCACUUGGGCCCAUGUCUCCCUCCUGUAGGGACUGCCCUGGGCUGGGGCUGGGGCUGGGGCUAGGGCUGAACAGGCAGAUCCUGUGGCUGUUCUGGAGCCCUGGGCAUGGCCUCUGCUAUGGGCGUGGGCCCGUGGCACUAGCCCUGCUGUCUCGGCCCGUGUGGGUCUGCACACUUGGCAGGGCAAUUUCCCUGGCCCCUGGGGAGCAUGUGGCCCUGAUGCCCUCAAUGCCACAGUUCAGGUUGGAGCUUUGACAGAGCCAGAUGAUAGAUGGUUUCCAUGGCAUGUUGGAUGCCAGGCUGCCAGGACCAGCUGCCCAAGCAACCCCCUGCAGGGCUGCGCUUGUCCGGGGCCUUAGCUGGUGUGGCCCAGAAGAGCUGGGAGCAAAUGAGAAAGGACCCGGCACUGCCUGCAGGGAUCCUGGAGCUGGACAUGCCCUGGGUCCAUCCAGCCCCCCAGGACCCAGGGCAGUCUGCACACCCCAUGCCUUGCAGCCCAGCUGCCCUCAGCCAGCAAGUGGGAGUCACCGACUCAUUUCUAGGACAAAGGGACUGAGCCCGAGCCGUGGUGCUGUCGCUCACAGUCGGGGACACAAGGGAGGAGCCGUGGGGCGACUGGGUGAGCAGCCCCUUGUGGUGCAGUAGUGCAGGAGGUUUCCAGGGCUUGGGGCUGCAGCAGGCAGAGUGGCCGGGCUGCAAAAUCCUGGAAUUGCCAGUGUUUCCCUGCAGGAAGUGCAGCAACGCCCUCAGUCGGGGCGCGGAGGGGGAGGCGUGGUGGCUGGCAGGCACGGUGGGAUGUGGGGGUGGCUGGAAGCAGGAGAAGCCCCACCCCAAAGCACAGAGCUGGCAGCACUAGGGAGCCUCUCAGGCUGGGCUCGCCUUGUUAAGGCCCCAAAUGCUUCUGCUCCCAUGGCCUCCCCUUGGCAAGGCUCCUGGCACUCCAGCCCUGACAUGUCCCUGCUGGUCACCUGCCACACAGUGCACUACUCUGUGUACCUGGCGGGGCUGGGAGUCAGGACUCCAGGGUUUGCUUCCCUGUUGUGGGCGGGAGUGGGGGCCAGUGGUUAGAGUCAGGCCAGGGAGUCCAGACUCGUGGGUUCAGUUCCCAGCUCUGGCACACUUGUGUGCGUCCGUGGGGCAACCCCAGCCCGAUGUUUGCCCAGCCGUCUGGGUGUGACUGCAGGGGUUGGUACUGACAAGGGGACCUGAGCAGGUCUCAUCAGAGGGUGCCUGUUGGCGUGGCUGGUGCCCCAUGUGUGCCUGGCCCUGGUGAGCAGUUCAGCUCCCUCCUCCCCGGGCCUGAUGCCUGCCCUGGCUGUGUGGGAGAGCUCCGAUGGGCCCCAGAGCACACGUCGCCCCGUGCUGUUGGCACGUCCCGGUGGAGUGUGGCCCACGGCUGCCCAGGCCCUGGCUCAUGGCCCUUCGCCAGUGGUACAUGCCUGCCCCGAGGAAUUCCCAGGGGUCGGUGGGAGCCAGGGUCCUUCCACACCACUCCGGGCCAGGCCCAUGUGGUGCCCCUUCCCUCUGUCCCCCAGUGCUGGGCUCUCCUGGGCACCCAGCAUCUCUGCCCAGGCCCAGCUUGUGUAACUCCAGCUGCUGUCUCUAUUUGUCAUGUCCCAGCGGCUGGGCUGGGGCUGGAGCUGGAGCUGCAGCUGCCGAUGCGGCGGGGCGGCUGCUUGCUCACCCCGACAUGCCGCAGCACGCGGAAGGGAUGGGCCCACUCGGUGCAGGAGCAGCAGGAAAGUGGUGCCCUGGGGCUGGGUGCACGUCCGGGCAGCGGGGCCCUGCGUGUGCGGCUCCCCCUUGCAGCUCCACACCUAACCUGGGCAGACACUGCUGCAACCGCAGAGACCACUGCUUGAGUGCCCAGCCGGACCCCAGCAUCUCCCAGGGCAGCUCCUGUAGCUACCCAGAGAGAGGACAAGGACUCAGCCCCAGCUCUGGGGGCCCUGGGCCCAGCUGGGCUUGCUGCCCAGGAGCCCAGAGCCUGUUGUGCCUGCGGGCAGCGGGGGACACGCUGCGGGACCAGAUGCAGGGCAUGAUGCGGACUGUGCAUGAGCUGAAGCGGGUGCCAGGCCCAGCUCCACAGCUGGGCCUCCCCAAGCCGGUGCCAGCUCUCCCCGGGCCCUGCUGGGAGAGGCCUGCAGAGAACCGGGCAUCGGCUGUCUCAGAGGCAGACUCUGCCUGCUGCCUGGAGCUGGCGGAGGAGGAGGAGUGCGCGCCGCCUGCUAGCGAGAGGAGCCUGGAGUUUGACUCGGGCUACUCAGAGGUGUCAGGGGGCACGUGGCGGGAGGAGGGGCCAGUGCUGCGCAGGAACCCCCCGCCCUCCUGCCAGCGGGCACACAGGCUCUCCACAGGGGGCUUCCUCCGCAGCAGCCCUAACCAGGUCCCUGGCCGGCGGGUCCGGCCCAAGUCCACCUCAGAUGCCUGCCUGGAGCAGUGGCGGAUGCUGGAGCCGACGGAGACGCAGGACUGGACUGUGGCACUGCUCUCACAGAGCCGCAACCGGCAGCCACUCGUGCUGGGUGAUAACUGCUUUGCUGACCUGGUGGAGAACUGGAUGGACCUGCCUGAGGAGAGUACGCUGCCCCGCCGGCUGGCCAAGCCCCACAGCUUCUUGCUCAACCUCUCGGGCAAUGUGCGGCGCAAGCUGGCCAGCCUGGCGCGCCCCAAGGGCCCAACCGCCCCCCAGCCUAGCCCCAAGCACCUUGGUGGGCGGGCGCAGGGACCCCUCUUCCACCAGUCACAUGGCGACAUUGCCAAGCUCACCAUGGACUGCACCCGCUUCGCUGCCCUCCUGAACAGCCGCAGCCGGCAGCCAAUCAUCUGCAACGAUAUAAUCGGCUACAUUUAGCCCAGCCCUCAGCACAUUCCUGUCCCAGCUCUGCAUUUUUACCCAGCUAUGUAAAUAAACAAACAGCUUUUGUAUGGAAUGUGCGACCAGAGCCCAUCGCUUGGGGGAGAGGGGGCAGCACUGGGCACGGCCGGAGCCCGUCACUGGCCCAGUGUGCUCUUGUCCUCACCAGGGACUUUGUGCCAGCUUCACCUGGGUGGCUGCAGCCUGCACUGGGGCAGGGGAGGGAGCCUGGCUCACCUAGAUGGUGCACACGCAGUGCACGCACCCACACACAGAGAAUGAUCAAUGCACGCACACGUACUCCCCCACAGUGCACAUGCAUGCACUGCGUGCUGCACAAUCAUGCUGUACGCACAGGGCACACCCAUUUAAAUGCUGAUUUUUCCCCCCUUUUCCCUCGCCAGCUGCCAGGGAGCCGCCAGUGCGGGGGUGCCAAGCUGUCCUGCCCCUGCCCACCUGAGGCUGCCAUGCCCAGCUCCCAUGGUUGAGGUGGCACCAGGCUGGGCCCCGAUCUAUGGCACAGAGUUGGUGCUGGUGCCAGACUGUCCUGAGACUAGGGGGUCCUUGAAACACCUCCAGCCAGGCCCCUCGCUGUCCCAGAGGCUGCCCAGGGAGUGGGGCUAUUGAACCUGUUAUGCCCCUCCCUAUUUCAGCAGGAUAAUUGCAGCAGGUGAGUUAACGGAUGGAGGUACUGCCCAACCCCCCCAGAAUGAGCAGUCCUCUGGUCCUACUGACAGGGGCAGGAGUUUAUUAGCUGUAGGGGGGGGCGGGGGCAGGCCUCACUCCUAGGGCGCCCAUCUA